AUGUCGAAUUCAAAACCCAUUCAAUCAACACUCUCUAAGAAAGAGAAGGACGUACUGAACAAGCAGAACUCCACGAACUCGAGAUAUUACUACAUCCACGCUUGCAUGAAUUAUAUGGCCCUUGCACGAAACUAUCAGUUCAUCGUUUUAAAUCAAGUGAAACACCAACUUAAAAUGGCCGAGCGCUUUGAGAUCACCCAAAUCUUCGAUACCAAUGGGGUACUUGUAUAUGACAAUGCUUACACUUAUAAAGUCGAAAAGGGUGCUUUAGUCUUCAAUGACAACGACGAGAUGGUCCAAGUCGAUUCAAAGCCAAUGAAAAAUCAGAACGACAGACAACUCCUUUUAAUUAAUUACUUUAACCACAAAAUUGCAAGGGACUUUCCAACUGAAGACUUGAAAGAAAAAGGAACUAAAAAGUCGAAGAACCCUACAAAAGUGUCAAGUGAAAGACUUAAUAAAUUGCCAUGCUUGGUCAAUGGUCAAUUCGUUUUAAAAGACAGAGAAUAUGCCGAGAACGUUGAUGGACUCAAUGCUCUUCAUAUUUUUAAAAACUUUUUUGAAGGAAUCGAAUACGGCAAAUUAAAGAAGAGGGAUACUGCUAUAUUCUUGGGUAACAGUGUCCCGAUAAAUUAUACUAAAAAGGUUGUUUGCCUCCAACAGGUGACACUUAACGACUAUUUGAGUCUUAUUAAUACGUCAACAAAUACACCUCAAGGAACUUUAAGCUCUGAAACUAAUACCCCUUCGAACCAAAUAACUCAACAACCAACAGUGACUACUGGAGAAAGUGUGGGAACCAAUUCUAUUAAUGCUAACAACACGGUGGUCAUACAACAAACUAAUUCGGCAACCUUUGGUGUUGGACAAACACAAAGUGUGAGUUGUGGUGAGGCGUUACAACCCACUCAAUAUGUCUUUAUUCCUCAAGAAAGUCAUUUGGUACCAAUGUAUUACGAUUACUUUACGAAUACAAUAUAUCCAAUCAACUUCAUUAACUCUUCACAAAUGCAGAACGAACAAAUCAACAACUUGGAACCAGUUUUCUUUACCACAACUGGCGAAGCCAGUGUGGAACAGUCGCAAAAUCAAUUUGAAUCUUUUAUACAGAACUCUAAUUGA